AUGGAGGACGAGGAUGACGAAGUACACUACGUCCCCGAGAUCACGGCCACUAGUUGGCCUCAUCGCCGGGGGAUUGGUACCCGACUAAACUACGGCGUCGACGGCGAGGUGCUUUUGUCGGUUCCCGGCCGCGGUGCCGACGUCACCGGCGAUGCCACCAUCCCCCGAGUCCGCGAUGGCCCCCGCUUUUUACCCGAUCCCAAAGUGGGGGUGAUCCGAGAGCCAUCGUACCGUGUCGAUGUCGGCGAGGAGAGAGACAUCCCUCGCUUGGCACUGGGGCUAGGCCUGAUUCUGCGGGGGUUAUUGGCCGGGGUGCUCGAUGACGGGACGCUGACGGCGAAGCCAGUGGAGGAAGCCGGCGCCAUCUUUCUGAAACGGUAUACAACGUUUGACCCCAGCGACCGGGCGAAAAUCGUGUGCUAUUCGUUUAAUGGCUCCGACCACUACCUUGCAUUUACCGACGAUACUAAGCUUAUCAUCACCAAAGCCAUAUGCGAAGCUACUGAGAUCGAUGGCCGAGAAAUAAGGGUACCCCAGGAACACCGCCAGGUCCAGGUGGUCGAGUUUGGCGACUGGAUUCAGGAAGUGAAGCACGAAUUUGGUGGAAACCGUCACAUCACGUUGCUGGUGCGGUGUCGUAAUGCUGGUUAUCUCGUCGACAUCACCGCUAAAGGGGUGGACAAUCUUACCUACGAGACGAAAUUCUCGUCGGGAGCGCUGAUGGCCGCCAUUGAAACUGGUGAUAUUGGGGUGGUCGAGGCUAACGGGUCGGCCACAGUGUACAAUGACAUGGAAAAGGUGGUGGCUCAGGGCAAGCUAGAUACCGACGAAGUUUCGGGAUGGAGACAAGUGUUAUACCACGACAACACGUUUUAUUUUGCUCUGCGCCAGACGCUCUCGAUUGUCGUUGAUCGCCAGGUGAAGACGGUGGCGAUGUUACCUCAAGACGACCACUUUGUCAACCUUCAGACGGCCCCUAAUAACUCCCUUAUCAUCCUCACUACUGGCGAGUUGAUCUGGUACCGGGGAAGAGAGCGGGUAUUGUCGUGGGAAGUGUAUUACGAAGUGGCCUCCAACCCUCAGGUGAUGGUGGUACCAGAAGUUGACGACCCUCAGGAGUUUACAGUGUGGGUACUCUUGGAGUGGACGGUUUUGGUGUAUACGUUUGGCUACGAUGAACAUCAGCGGCCCAUUUCCAAAAGAGACCCGUAUAUGAUUGAACAUCUGCCCCUCCCCAAGUGUCUGCUGAUGGCCUAUUUCCAAAUCCACCCGGAAGUGGGGAUAGUGUAUGGCUAUGCUAACGGUGGCUCGGUGACGCUGACGUUAGUAUCCCGCACAGUAAAGUUCCCCGACCCGGGACCACCCCCAACGCCCCUGCCCCCGCCAGACGCCCCAAUGCUAUCAAAAUACUUUGACAAAAUCAUGAAAUACGUCGACCAGCAACUGCCACCACCGCGGCCCGCCACGUUGGAAGAAUAUGCCCAGCGGUUGACCAGCUAUGCCGACAAGCCCCGACUGGAACCGACCGUCAUCCUUGAAGAGAUUGUCCCCAUUUCCGAAACCACUGACUUUGACGAACUUCAAGAUAUGUUCACCGAGAUGAAACAGUACUUUGCCAGUAAACGGCUCCAGGUUACUACCAGUCCUAAGGACGCCGACGACGCCCCGUUUGCCUACUAUUGCAAAAAGUAUCCCGACAUCCCGCGAGAGCGAAUCGCCAAGAUGGUGUCGUGUCUGACGCAAGUGAUUAAUCUCGAUCACGUGGCGACCAUGGACAAAGAGGACGAGCAAUUGGUUGAGUCUAACCCUAUUGUUAGUGACCUCAUCAGCCGGUGGGGGGAUGAGGCGCUUCAGCCGACGACAGUAGCGACGAGGGCGUCAACGGUGCCGGAAACCACGAUCAUGCCCUCAAUCAAGCUCACCCAGACCCAGCCGUCGGCGACCCAGGCGGACGACACUCAGGGGCUGGCGCUGGCGACCCAGACGUCGACGGCUAAACGCAGCAUGCCGAGUCAAAAGUCUCGGAAAAAGAAGAAGAAGAAAAAGGGCGGCUUUGCCUGA